AUGCUGGAAGGUCAUACGUUCUUCUUCUUUCUGGUUAUGAUGGUGCAAAUGCUCACUGGAAUCCUGGCAAAUGGCCUCAUUAUCGUUGUCAACACCAUUGACAUGGUCUCUCGGAGGAGAAUGAUCCCACUGGAUCUACUUCUUUCUUGCCUGGCAACCUCUCGGAUCAUUCUGCAGUUGUGUAUCUUUUUUGCACAACUGGGUAUAUUCUGUUUGGCAAAGCACUCUAUAUUUACCGACAACGUUGCCUUUGUCUUCUUUAUAAAUGAAUUGGGUCUUUGGUUUGCCACAUGGCUUGGGGUUUUCUAUUGUGCCAAGAUUGCUACCAUCCCUCACCCACUCUUCUUGUGGCUGAAGAUGAGGAUAUCCAGGUUGAUUCCGUGGCUGAUCCUAGGAUCUGUGCUCUAUGCAACCUUUACUACUGUGGCCCUUGGUGGAGAGGCUUCAACAGUUCCCAAACAAAUCUUUUUAAGUUUUUUUUCUAAAAAUUCAACUCAGGUCAGACCGAUACCUGCCAUGCCCCUGUCUGUCUUCAUCCUGGGACUCACACUGCCGUCAUUCAUCUUCAUUGUUGCUGUUCUGCUCUUGAUCUUCUCCCUGUGCAGCCACGGCUGGAAGAUGAGGACUAUGAGGGGCACCGGGGAGCCUUGCAGACAUGGCCACAUCAGUGCGAUAUUGUCCAUUCUAUCGUUCUUGAUCCUAUACUUCUCCCACUAUAUGGUGGCUCUUGUGGUCUCUACCCAAGGCUUCCACCUAGGAAGCACAGCCUUUCUAUUCUGCGGUUUGAUGAUUGGUAUAUACCCCUCAUUACACUCUGUCAUCUUAGUUCUAGGAAAUCCCAAGCUGAAACAAAAUGCAAAAAUGUUCAUUGUCCAUUGUAAGUGCAGUCAUUGUGCAAGAGCAUAG